CAGAAACUGGUUUUUGGCAACUAUAAAUAUAUAAAAUGAUACAAUGCCUUGCGUUGAACUUAGGUGAUCCUUUUAGCCAUAAACAAUUCACUUAAUAUUUCGAAAUGAACCAACGUACUCUAAUAUUUCUCAUAUCAAUAAUUCUUUCCACAAACUUCUCUCUAAUUUUGGCUGGUUCAAGCUAUAAUGAAGGUUCACCGACUGUUGAGGCAGCUUUAUUGUCAACUAUAUAUGCUUAUGACACAACUGACGUUUACAUCACGACAGUUACCAUAACUUCUUGUUCAAACCAUCACUGCUCUUCAACUGCUGUCGAAACAGGUGCUGUUGAUAUAACUGGAACUUUUAGUAGUUCUGAAGUGUCUUAUGUUUUUUUAGUUCCUUUGCCCACCACUGAAUCUUCGGUUGUUGGGUUAUUAUCUUCUGAAAGCUUUGCAAUUCAUUCAUCAUCUGAAAUUAUUUCUCAAGAAACUAAUUUGAAUAUUCCAACUGAUUCUAUUGAUCUCUCAUCAUCUUAUGAUAACUUGAUUUCAUAUUCAUCAUCAGUCUAUAAGACUUCUCAAAGUAUUCCAACUAACACAUAUGAUAUUCCAGCUAGCACAGAUGAUAUUUCAACUACUAUAAUUACAACAUCAACCUGUUUGGAUAACCAAUGUAACUCAAUAACUCUUACAACUGGUUUAACCACUGUGACUGCAAUUGUUGAAAACAUGGUUACUGUUUAUACGACAUUUUGUCCAUUAACUGCAGAAAAAAUUAAUGAUUCAAAUUAUCAACCUUCAUCUGAGAUUUUCUCUAUAAGUGAAAUUCAGUCUUUAUUGAAUCUUGGUUCUUCUUUCAGUGCUAUUAUGGAGAUGGAAAAAUCAUCCUCAUCUGUAUUAGAUUCGUCUUCUACAGUGUUAACCACUUCUAUUGAAAGUUCUCUGGUUUUGGCUGAUGUUGAUUACGGCUCCUUUCAAUCAUCAACUUCAACUUCAACUUCAAACAGAGUUCAAGAAACAACCCUAACAUCAACUUUCUGCUCUAAUAAUAAUGUAAAUUGUGAAACAGAAAUUAUCACCACCGGUGUUACUACAGUCACAACAUUAAUUCAAGGGACUUUAACAAUAUAUACUACAUAUUGUCCCAUAGAAUACACUCUAACUAAUUUAAAUACCGAUAUAAGCUGGACUUCCAGUACAAUUUUAAAUAGUGAUGCUUUCAGCUCAGACUUAGAAACAUCGCCAACUAGUGUUCUAAGCUCAAACUUUGAAAGUCCCUCAAAUUCAAUUGAUGCAACUACAUUUUUAUCAUCUUCUUGUAUUGGUGAUUCGACUGAUUGUAUCUCAACAACUAUUACCACCGGACUCACAACAGCUACUGUUAGAAUUGGAACUACUGUUAUAACAUAUACAACAUUUUGUCCCUUAACUACACCUACUUCUGUUGUUCCUUCUAUUGAGAGUUUAGUUCAGAGCUCAGGCUUUUCAACUUCUAGUGUGAAUGGUAAAGAAACUGAAUUUUCAUCUGUUGAAUAUACUUUUCAAGUAUCUACUGCUGUUCCCAGCUCUUCUAAUGUUAUCAAUUAUAUUCAUAGUAGUUAUUCAGUUGAUUUUUCAAACAGCAACAGUUAUCAAAGUUUAUCAACAUCUAGUUCUGUUGAAACAACUGCUUCCAAUGAGUCUAUUCUAGGCUCAAUGCUAUCGCAGAGUAGCCUGAGUCUUUCGGUUGUUUCAGAAGAUUCUAUUACAGAAAUUCGCUCUCGAGGUAUUCCAAUUCAAGAAUAUACUUCAACAAUAGAUUUAAGCUUACAAACUACUAUUACAACAGAUGCUAUUUCAACUAAUGCUAUUUCGACUACUGUUUUUGAGAGUGUUUCUUGUUUUGAUAAUAACUGUGAGACAACAAUGUUAACGACUGGGUUAACAACUGUUGUAACAACAGUCAAUGAUAUUAUAACUUCAUAUACAACAUACUGCCCACUUUCUGAAACUACAAUUAGCAUGGCAUUUUCCGAAAUAGCAACAGCUGAAUAUCCAAAUACUAAAAUCAAUGACUUGGUUUCUUCUGCUCUUGAUAUUCAAGAUAGUUCCUUGAAAUUACUUCUUUCUGAGUCCACUGCUUACGAAACAGUUUCCCAAGAAAUAAUCGCUUCUGAAAUCAGUUCUGCAGGAGAUGUAUCCAAAACAACUGUUGCUAAUUAUUAUGAUUCAAUUUCUUCUGCUGUUGUUUGUAACGAAGACAGUGUGUGUGAAAAUUACGUCUUAGUUACAGAUACAUACACAUUUGCAAGUGCCAGUCCUGAGAUGAUUAUUUCUUUUUCUGAUAUACCAGAAGAGUCUACUGGAUAUAAUGAAAACGACCAAAACACCAUUGCCUAUGAAACCAGCUCAAUUUUGAACAUCUCGAAAGAAUAUGCUUCAUCAGUCGUAAGUGAUUUCCUCAGUUUUUCUAGUACUGCCCUAGAAUCGUCUAUUGUUGUUGAAUCUUCUGGAGCAAGUGAGCCAUUUACUACUUCUUCAGAAGUUGCAAACACACGAUCCAUUGCCUAUGAAACUCAUGUUUCUGUGGGCUCUGAGUCUCUUCUCUUGACUGUUUUAUGUUCUGAAAGUGAUUGUGCACCAGUCACCAACACAGAGUCUUCUCUAGAUACUGACGUUUAUUACACCACUGCUGAAUGCGAUGCUGAUGGAGCUGAUUGUGCAGAGUUAAGUCAAACAGUGUAUUCUGAGCCAAACCAAAGUUGGGACAGCACUGAAACAAGAUACGUAACUUUGACAAUGUCUUUAUCCUCGGAAACAAUGCCUGUGGUUGUUACGUUGGUAAAUGGCUACAGGGUUUCAUCGUCUGCUUCCAGUUCUUCAGCCAUUCCUGGAGUUGAAGAGUUUAUAAACAUUGGGAACCAAUUAAAAAUUGGUGUUUCACCAGGAUUUAUCUCGUUUCUUUAUUUUAUUUUAUAGAUUUGGUACUGUGUUAUCUUAGCUUUUUUAAUUGUAGUUUUCUAUCUUUUCAGACUUUGGUUGAUUUGGAGAUGUAAAUCGGAUUGGUUUAUGAAAAACAGGCAAUUCUUUUGAUAUUUGUUUAUUGAUAAACUAAAUAAAGUAUAAAAUAUAUAGAAUAUAAGAUAUGGUAUAUAUAAGAAAAAAAUAAUCGUAUAGUAUGGAGUAUAGA